CUCUCUGUCUCUCUGAGCUCUGCUUUACCACGAGUUAGUGACUGAUGAGAGAAAGGGGGAGAUCUUAGAGAGAGAGAGAGAGAGAGGGGCUUUGGUUUGGUUUGUCUCUCUGAUGAUCACCCGUGAGUUCUUCUCCGUCCGAUUUUUUAGUUCUUAUUUACCAUAAAUGGAAAUUUAGAUUCUCAGAUCUAUGAAUUUCAAUCUGUUUCUCGUGUUUUUUUUUUUUUUUGGUUGUUGUUGUAAUCAUCACCUUUUGAUUUGUAGAUGAUAACUCAGCAAGCAAUUACCUUCUGUUUCCUUAUCCAGUAAUCUUUUUCUUUUUGUCGGGAAAAUUUGAGUUAUUUUCUGCUCUUCUCUCUCAGAUCUAAUCUGAAAGACUAGGAGAUGUAAUAUUUUAUCUUCUCAUUUUCCACGAAUUCUUAGAUCUAGUUGCGCUCAGUCAGUUAUCAAGAGCUAUUACGCGAUCUAGUUCAAAUAAAACAAUAUUUUUUUUGUUUUUGUUUUUGUCGAUUUUGAAUUUUUAGUUAGUUUAGCUUGUAAAUUUCUAUAGUUUAUCAAAGUUGUUUAUGGAGCUGAAUCGAAUCAGUUUAUGGUUUUUGUGUUUGUCGACUUAAGUAGUAACUCUCCAUCCUUUGGGAUUGUUUGUGUAUUUUUAGUAUCGUGUUUUUGUUUUUGUUUCUGUUUCUGAAGGAUGAAUUACUUCCCCGAUGAGGUUUUAGAUCACGUAUUUGAUUUCUUGACGUCGCACCGAGACCGCAAUGCGGUGUCUGUGGUGUGCAAAUCAUGGCAUAGAGUGGAAAGGUUUAGCAGGGAAAGGGUGUUCAUAGGGAAUUGUUAUGCGAUCAGCCCAGAGAGGUUGAUCGAGAGGUUUCCUAGGCUUAGAUCGCUUACCUUGAAAGGAAAGCCCCAUUUUGCUGACUUCAAUUUGGUCCCUCAUGGUUGGGGAGGGUUUGUGUACCCCUGGAUUGAGUCAAUGGUGAAGAGCGGUCUGAAUCUGGAGGAGCUACGGUUGAAGAGAAUGGUGGUCUCCGAUGAGAGCCUUGAACUACUUUCUCGAUCUUUUGUUAAUUUCAAAUCUUUGGUUUUGGUUAGCUGUGAAGGGUUCACCACCGAUGGUCUUGCUGCCAUAGCUUCCAAUUGCAGGUUUCUCAGGGAGCUAGACUUGCAAGAAAAUGAAGUUGAUGAUCACAGAGGCCAGUGGCUUAGUCGCUUUCCUGACAGCUGCACGUCACUUGUCUCUUUAAAUUUUGCAUGCCUCAAAGGAGAAGUUAACUUGCCAGCCCUUGAGAGACUGGUGGCAAGGUGUCAUAAUCUUAGAAGUCUGAGGUUAAACCAUGCUGUGCCACUGGCUACUCUUCAAAAGAUUGUGGCACAAGCGCCCCAGUUGGUGGACUUAGGUACAGGAGCCUUUGUUCAUGAUUUGGAUACAGAGACUCGCUACAUACUAAAGAGUGUCAUCACGAAAUGCACAUCAAUUAGGAGUUUGUCAGGGUUCUUGGAGGUUGCUCCCCGUUGCUUGCCUGCUAUCUAUCCGAUUUGCUCGAACCUGACCUCCCUGAACUUGAGCUAUGCUCCAGGGAUUCAUGGUUCUGAGCUUAUAAAGCUAAUCGGUCAUUGCUCCAAACUUCAGCGAUUGUGGAUAUUGGAUUGCAUUGGAGAUCAAGGUUUAGGUGUUGUGGCUUCCAUUUGUAGAGAACUCCAGGAGUUGAGGGUUUUCCCAUCUGAUCUUCAUGGGGUUGGGCAUGCUGCUGUAACUGAAGAGGGCUUGGUGGCAAUAUCUGCUGGUUGCCCCAAUCUUCAUUCAUUGCUUUACUUCUGCCAGCAAAUGACCAAUGCUGCCCUCAUAACUGUGGCCAAGAAUUGCCCAAAUUUUACCCGUUUUAGAUUGUGCAUCCUCAACCCGACAAGACCAGACCCUGUGACUAUGCAGCCACUAGAUGAAGGUUUUGGGGCAGUAGUUCAAUCUUGCAAGGGUCUCAAGCGCCUGUCGCUCUCUGGCCUCCUGACAGACCAGGUGUUCCUUUACAUUGGAAUGUAUGCUGAGCAGCUUGAAAUGCUUUCCAUUGCAUUUGCUGGAGACAGUGAUAAGGGAAUGCUUUAUGUUUUGAAUGGCUGCAAGAAGCUUAGAAAGCUAGAGAUCAGGGAUAGCCCAUUCGGCAAUGUGGGACUUCUAACGGACGUGGGAAAGUAUGAAACAAUGCGAUCCCUUUGGAUGUCGUCCUGUGAAGUUACCCUUGGAGGCUGCAAGAUGCUUGCAAAGACGAUGCCGAGGCUCAAUGUGGAAAUCAUAAAUGAAAGCGGCCGGGCUACCCUUGAUGAUAGACAAAAAGUAGAAAAGAUGUAUCUGUAUCGGACGUUGGAUGGGCCGAGGAGCGAUGCACCAGACUUCGUGUGCACAUUGUAGCUGCAUCAGUGGGUGUUUUAUUACUGGUUCAGCCAUGCCUAUUUUUUGUUGUUUUGAAUUAGUUGUACUCUAUUUAGCCAAACUGAUGUAUGGAUUUUUACUUUGAUGUUGAAUUUGGGUGUACGGUUGGUUGUUGGUUUUAUUGAUAUAGAUCUGCUAUUCCACAUAGAUCUUUUUAAUAAUAUUGGUGAAGCCCAUCCAGGGUGAAUGGGUGAUUGAAUAUUGAUUA